AUGAACAGCAGCAUUCUAUCCAAUGAGAGUGUCGACUCUCGAACCCACAUUGAGCUGUCAACUAGUCCAACAAGUAUCUCCUCACCUCGAAAUGUCAACCAACAACAAUCAUUCAAAGAUAAUUCACCACCACAAUCUGCAAGUGGCACACACUUUGUAACUCAACCAGAAUCUACUGUUUAUUCAUCGGCAACUGGAAAGAAGGAUUCGAAUAAUCGUCAGUCAACUAAGAGUGAACAAUCUUCGAUGAAAACUCCAAGAAAUUCAUCGGCUACUGGGUUUAGAUCUAGGACAUUUAGAUGGUAUACAUGUUGUGGUGUAUUGGAAAUGAAUUGUUUAAAGUUGACAAGUUUAGUUGCGUUGGUAGUUAGUUUAGUUUCGUUUGUUGCUUUACUCGCCAUUAUUUCAGUUAAUUAUUCGAUUGCAAGGGACUAUCAACUCAAGCUUGCAAAUUUGAGUACUUCUGGUACUUUUUACAGAGAAUUAAUGAAGCUGUCAUGUAGAGCAGCUGUCACAUCAAGUUACAACAAGACAUUGUCAUUAGAAUUUGCCACAACUUACAAUCAAUACUUUACAACCUAUUAUUCUGAUUUGGGUAAGCUCGUUGCUACUGUUCCACCAUCCAUUCUCUAUUGGAAUAAGAUGAAUAUUACAAUGGAAGAGCUCAAGUCAAGAAAAGCUGUCAGAAUGGAACUUGCCAUGAUUGCAAAUGUCAAAACUGGAAAUUAUUCAACAGCUUUGGCAAGUUUGGAAUCUGAUACAUAUAAGGGCUAUUUAACUGGUUAUCAAGAAGAAGUUCAAAGCUUUAUUAAUUAUGCAGAAGACAUGAAAAGUGACAAUGAAAAAAUGGAUUUGACAACCACAACUGUUUCACUAAUUGUCAUUUGCAUCUCACUAGUCAUUGUCAUUCCAAUUCUCCUAGCAUUUAUGAUAUUGAGCUUGAGAAAGGACGAUACCAAAGAGAAACAACUCAGACAAGUCAAGAAAUACAUGAUUAUGGACACAAUUAAUGAUUCUUCAUUGGUGGAAAAGUUUAAGGAAUUUUGUAAACAAGAACGAAGUGAAGAGAAUUUUGUGUUAUUGGAAAAGAUUAAUGAAUAUAAGAAGUUGUGUGAAAAGAGUUUUGAUAUUCAAGUGGUGCUGUAUGAUACUGGUGAUGCUUUGAGUAUUUCAGAUGUAGUUUCGGAUACUACUGCUUCAAGUCAAGAUGAAUCGACUAAAAAGAAGAAUAAGCAUAAGAAGGGAUUUACAGAGAAGGAUUUGCAAGAUAUUGAAAAGAAGAAAUUCGAAAUUGCAUUCGAAAUUUAUUCAGAAUUUUUAGAUAUUCAAGGAGAUCAUGCUGUGAAUAUUAGUAAGCAAUUUGCUGAUGUUGUCAAACUUAGUUUAGAUUCGUUUGCUAAGGGUGAGAAUGAAUACAUGCCAGAAACUUUAUUCGAAAGUAUUGAAUACGAAAUGUGUUUAUUAAUGAUGGAUACUCAUCACAGAUUUAAACAACAUAUGGAAGUUCAAUUGAAACAAAAGAAACAAGUCCUUUCAACAUUGAAAAGAAAACCAAAAAAGUAA